AUGGCGCCGGGCCGGGCCGGGCCGGGCCGAGGCAGGCGGCGGCGCUCCGCCUCCCCGAGGGCGGGGAGCCGUCAUGGCGGCAGCGGCGUCGGGCCCGUGGCGGAGCUGAGGAUGAUCUCGCGAUACGCGCGGAAGCCGGUGCCCCCCGGCGCUCUGGAGACACAAGGACUUCCAAAACAUGCCCUGCGGCAUCAUCCACUGCCAGAACCACAGGCUGAGGUGUGCCCAGACACUCCCACAGCCAAAAGUCCCAGCAAGAGCUCAAGGGAGUCUGAAGUCUGGAAGGAAUCAGAUUACCAUUCCAUUUCUCCAGCUGAUGAUGGGAAUUCAUGGUCUGCUAGCCAGAGUCAUGCCGAUGCCUCCACUGAAGACAGCUCAGUCUUCUCUUGGGGCUAUGAUGAAUUCGAUAAAGCUGCCACACAACGAGUUGAGCAAAUGUUCAGACAAAUUGAUGAGCUUCUCUAUGAGCAGAAAGAAAAUGUGCAUGUUGAGGGACUGCGGGAAGAAUGCCACCAAUGGACAGCCAACUUUCCUCAUCUCAGGGUUGUGGGGAAGCAGAUAGUGAUCCCCACAGAUGAAGGGUAUGGAUGGUAUUCGAGUUCACCUUCUGGCACUUUGCGUUCCUCAGAUGUAAGUUCACUACGAGAAGAAGAUUCUAACGAAUUUAGUGUUUUUGGCAAGAAGGUACCUCUUUCUGUUACUCCCGUUCACAAAAAGGCUGACCGUUCCAAGUCUCCGACCUUGUGUUCUCCAGAGAGUGACGAAGGUGAAGAUGGAAUAAUUGUCUCUGAAGGCGUCAUGGAGGAAUAUUUAGCGUUUGACCACAGAGACGUGGAGGAGGAGUUGCAUGAGAGGAAAAUGGGACUGUCCUCUGGUAGACGGACAUUGGGGUUUCCUCCUCUCUCUCCGUAUUCCUGCAUGAAGGAUUCUGUGCUCACGUUUGUGUUUAAUGAUGUGUGGAGUGAAGUCCUAGGCUGCAUGGAGGAAUUAAUCUGCAGACACUGGGAAGGGUCAGCCUCUGAUGACGAGAAAAAUAUCAUAACGGUAGAAGCAAUCAGAGCAGAUGCCGAAAGCCCUUUGCAGUUUGAUCCUCUGCCAGUGUUGUUACCUCGUGUGCCACAACCUAAAAUGCCCCCGGUGACAUCAAAUCUGUGCCCAAAACCCAGAUGUGGCCGCAAAAGCAAAAAGAGGAGAAAAACACCUCAAGUAAAUCUCUCUCAAGAGUCAAGUAGCGUCUCUCAACAUAAUCUAAAUGGCUUGAUGGUGAUACAUGGGAUCCAGCUACAGCAAAGGAAUCUGCCUGUAAUAGAGAAAACACUGGAUCUGGAUGACAAACAGCCAGGCUCCAGCUCUGUCCUCUCUACCAGAGUGUGGCCAAAUCGUGCUCUAGAGCUCAGCAUAUCACCCCUGUCACGUUCCACAAGAAGGCGAAACCCACCACCACGUACCCUGCAUCCCAUUGACACGAGCCACUCUCGUACUGGGACCCCAGGGUCCGUGGACGAUGUCUUCAGGGCAACUCGAUUCCUGACUGCACAUGAGCAGCUGACCUCACCCUCCCCACUGCCGCUAAGCCGAAAUAACCUCCUACCGCCUAUUGGUACCACCAGUGUGGCAGAGCACGUGAGCGCUGCUGGGUCCCAGAGGCAAACGAAAUCUCGAGGGAACUCAAGUCGAGCUCACAGCGUAACAACACAAGAAGAUACCCACCAGCAGCUACAGGAGGGGCUUUUCUUACCUGAUCAUUUCUCCAAGCCUAACACAACCAGCACGUUCUUGCCAGAUCCACAGCACCGCCGUUCUUGCACUGUUAUUGAUUAUAGAAACCGAUCUCGGACAAGCAGGGGAUCAACAGGUUCAGGUCUUCAGCUGCAUGGUUCUGUGAAAGCCCCCAGGCGAAGUGGAUCAGUCACAAAAAGCAAAGAGGGGUUCUGAGGUGCCACGAGGAAGUACCCAUCCAUCUCCAGAGAGCCAUGAACCACGUCGCAUUCUCAGCAAUGUCAGUGUUGUUUACAGAGAGUUUUCAAACACCCUUCCUUAGGAAUAAUUAUUUUUAUAUAAAUCUAAGAAGCAGCUGCCAAAGAUUAGAAGCGGUAUACUUAAACAUUCCCUUUUCUACCAGUAGAAGUUACACUCCAGUGGAAGGGUGAAUAUACUCCAGUGGACAGUAAAGCCUAGCUCCUAGAAAAUCUAGCAAAUGCUGUCAGCCAUUGCUGUUUUCCCUUUACUGGGUCGUGACUGGUUCAUGUUGUUAUAAGCAGGUACUGCAGAACCUGCUGAUUUUUUCCGUUAGCUCUACAAAAGAUUAAUCAGGCUUUCCAUAGCAGUAGUAAUUUAAAUUUUUAAAGCUAUAUUUAUAUGUUUAAAGCAAUACUAUACUAUCAAAAGCAAGCACUCCACGUGAUAUGGCUCAGCUUAGGCAAGUUAUGAAUCCUGUAGUAUUUGCAGCAGAUAUUAACACAGUAGUGUAAAAAUAAGGUAGUGAACCAGAACUGGCAGUUUUAAGGGUAGCACACCACUGACUCUUCCUGCGUUAUAUACUUAUACCUCUUCCUCAAAUGACUGAAGAAGGUCUAAGAGGCAAAAAGGAGUCUCUUGCUACAAGUAGUUCCAGACAGUAUUCAAGGAAAGUACAUUGUCUUCCUGGUGAGAUAUGUCCUGGUGAUUUCACAGAAUAGGUCAGUCUCCCUUUCUAAAAAUACCUGCAAUUAUACAAGAUUUUUGCACUCCGCCAUGAAGUUCCACAGCCCACAGAUGCACUGUAGCUUUUAGCAAAUGAUUUCUGCACCGUGUGACAGAUGGACCGGAGGUAUUCGCUAUAGUUGACCUUGUGUCUCCAAAUAAGAUAAAUACAUGAAAUCCAGGCUUCUCAAAACAAAUGAUUAGUUGAAGGUCUUACUCCCACGCAGUAAGCACUGGACUACAAGUAAGCGUAACAACAAUGUGAGGAUAACCACUUACUGUAUUUUAACAAAGUCAGGACACUCCACAAAAACAGUUUUUCCUUUAUAAUCCAGUUAAAGAGCACUUUUUUCCUAAAUUUCCUUAUUAAUAUUUUCCAAAUUACAAUUCAUAAUGGGAAAAACUUGUCAGUAUUCUUUACAAAGCGGCUCCCCUAUUCCCCCACUGUGAGUUAUGCAAUCUGUCAAAUAUCAGCUAAUAAUUUUUAAUCAAUAUUGCAGUUCUUGAGUCCAGUUGAUCUGAGGAUGGUCUAAUCAAAAAGAAGGGAAAAGAA